UCUCUCUCUCUCUCCGGAUGUACCCAAACGAGGGGAUCGAGGGUUUCGAUCAAACCUGUUCUUCUCAAGCCAGGAACUGUAUUAUAAACUCAUUCCAUAAAUAAAAUAAUAAUAAGAAGAAGAAAUUUGUUGAUCCAAUCUGAUUUUACCGAAUCCCUUCUAAAUUUCCAAUUGGGCUGGGAUUUCUCUCUUGAAGUGGGAAUAAGAACAUCUCUGUCUCGAACUAGUUAUUCGGUUCUUCCUCGUCCGAUGACAGCCGCUUCACGAUGAGCAUUUAAAUGUCUUAUGGUGAAAGUGGCAGUAGCAGUGGCCCAAACAAGCUCUCCAAUUGUCAGAAUUGUGGUUGGUCUACUAUGAAGAGUUCUCAUUUUUUAGAAUUAACUCUGGAGGUUUUCUCUGAAAGGUUUAAUGCAAUAGUUAUGUGGGAGAAGUACAUGUUUUGAGAGUAUACACGAUAAAAAUGGCAUGACUGGAAGCUUUUAAGUUGCUGAAUAGUUGGAGCUUUUUAUUUUGGUAGUUUUAUGGCCAAUCAUUCUUUAAUUGUUUCUGAUCAACUAGUGGCUGACCAUUCAUUAGUCAUUGGACAAGAAUUCCCUGAUGUUGAAACCUGUAGAAGGACACUAAAAGAGAUUGCUAUUGCAUUGCAUUUUGAUCUUCGGAUAGUGAAAUCAGAUCGGAGCAGAUUCAUCGCCAAGUGCUCCAAGGAAGGAUGUCCAUGGCGUGUCCAUGUGGCAAAGCGUCCUGGUGUUUCAACCUUUUCAAUUAGAACCUUGCAUGGAAACCAUACUUGUGAAGGAGUUCGUAACCUCCAUCAUCAGCAAGCUUCAGUUGGUUGGGUUGCCAGAUCUGUAGAAGAACGGAUUCGGGAUAAUCCACAGUACAAACCCAAGGAAAUAUUGCAAGACAUUCGUGAACAACAUGGAGUUGCUGUUUCUUAUAUGCAAGCUUGGCGUGGAAAGGAACGCAGCAUGGCUGCAGUUCAUGGAACCUUUGAGGAAGGAUAUAGCCUUCUUCCUGUGUACUGUGAGCAAAUCAGAAGAACAAACCCAGGAAGUAUUGCAUUAGUGUUUGCUACUGGCCAAGAGAAUUGCUUCCAACGGCUCUUUAUUUCUUACAGAGCAUCAAUCUAUGGAUUUAUAAAUGCAUGCAGGCCACUAUUGGAACUUGACAGAGCACAUCUGAAAGGGAAGUACCUGGGUACUUUACUUUGUGCUGCAGCAAUUGAUGCUGAUGACGCAUUGUUUCCAUUGGCAUUUGCCAUAGUUGAUAUGGAGAGUGAUGAAAAUUGGAUGUGGUUCUUGUCGGAGUUGCGGAAACUUCUUGGAGUAAAUACUGAUAAUAUGCCCCGACUUACAAUAUUAUCAGAGAGAACAGAAGGCAUGGUAGAAGCAGUAGAAACACAUUUUCCAAGUGCUUGUCAUGGAUUUUGUCUGCGACAUGCGAGUGAAAAUUUCCGUGAUGAGUUUAAGAAUACAAAGUUGGUGAACAUAUUCUGGAAUGCUGUUUAUGCCCUCACUGCUGCUGAAUUUGAAGCCAAAAUCAAUGAGAUGGUAGAGAUUUCACCAGAUGUUAUGCAAUGGUUUCAGCGAUUUCCUCCUCAACUUUGGGCAGUAGCAUAUUUUGAAGGCGUACGCUAUGGUCAUUUUACCUUGGGUGUCACAGAGCUGUUGUACAACUGGGCCCUAGAAGGUCAUGAACUUCCUAUUGUACAGAUGAUGGAGCAUAUCCGUCAUCAGUUGACAUCUUGGUUCACUGAGCGACGUAACAUAGGCAUGACCUGGAACUCAAUUCUUGUACCAUCUGCUGAGAAGCGAAUUUUAGAAGCUAUUGCUGAUUCUCGUUGUUAUCAAGUGCUUCGUGCAAAUGAAGUGGAAUUUGAGAUUGUGUCUACUGAGCGGACAAACAUUGUGGAUAUACGUAGCCGGCAGUGUUCAUGUCGUCGAUGGCAGCUUUAUGGUUUACCAUGUGCACAUGCUGUUGCUGCUCUCAUAUCCUGUGGGCAAAAUGCUCAUCUAUUUGCUGAGCCUUGUUUCACAGUAGCAAGCUAUCGUGAAGCCUAUUCUCAAUUGAUAAAUCCUAUUCCAGACAAGAGUACCUGGAAAGAUCCUGGUGAGGGAACUGAGGGUGGAGGUGCCAAAGUUGAUAUCAUAAUCCGCCCACCCAGGACUCGUCGCCCACCUGGCCGACCUAAAAAGAAAGUUCUUCGGAUAGAGAGCUUUAAGCGCCCAAAGAGGGUUGUUCAAUGUGGCCGUUGCCAUAUGUUAGGACAUUCUCAAAAGAAAUGUACAAUGCGAGUUUGAUACUCUAUUUAGAAUUUGCUAUUUGGGGAAGUUUGUAUUCUUUUUUCUUACCAUUUCCCAAUGGCAAUAGAGUUAAUAGUGUGGUUUGUAAUUCUUAUAUUGUUUUAAUUAUUUCUUGUGGUUUAGGAUUUCUUCCAUUUGCAAGGUUCCAACUGCUUGUGAUCAUUGUCCUGGUGACAAUCUUUGUCUUUCAACUUUGCAACUGGAGCCGCCUCUGUUGC